CCAAUGGAUGUUACGCAAUAUGGAGGCGAAGGUUUCGCAUACAAAAUUGAAUAUAAGAACACGUCUUCAUCUGUUUGGAUGGAUAAAAUCGUACCAGAGGGUCAAAGUUCAACAACUGUUACGGACACGAAAAUCUACCAGGAAUUCCAAAUUAAAGUCACCGCUAUUAAUGAUUUUGGUGAUGGCCCAGAACCACAAGUGAUUAUUGGAUACUCAGGAGAAGGAACCCCACAAGCUGCUCCUGGAAAUGUCAAUGUCAAUGUGACCUCGCCAAACUCUGCAUUGGUAACCUUCGACCCUGUUCCUGCUGAAUCUCUUCAAGGAAAAUUGAAAUAUUAUAGGGUGUACUACACUGAAUCUGCAGCACAAGUGUCAGGCUCCCUUGAGUCUGUUGAGUGUGUCAAACCAUCUUGUGAGGUCAGCAACCUAAAACCAUCAACAGAUUAUGAACUAUAUGUAGUUGUCGCAAAUGGUAAAAAGGAAGGACCAGCUAGUGAAAGGCAGCGAUUCAGCACUCCUGAAGCUCCUCCCGGUCAACCAUUAAAUUUUGAAAUUGUAAUGCUGUCCAAGAAGAUGAAGCUGUUUUGGGCUCCGGCUACCAGAGGAGGAGAAGUUGACACCUACCAGGUCAAAUAUAGUCCAAAAAUUAAUGAAGUACCAGGAAAUUAUACUACAGUCGAUCUUGGACCAACGCAAGUUGACUGUGUCAUUGAAGGCCUCACACCAGAGACUAUAUACAUCGUGACAAUAAAGGGAUACAAUACAGCCGGAUUUGGGGAACAAGAUCUAAUAGAGGAAGCAACAAGAAAAUCUGGAAUUCCAUCAGUACCAGAGGGAGUUAAGGUCCAACCAGGCAAGGACGAAGCUGUUAUUAGUUGGUCAGACGAUCCAAUAGGACCA